UUGGUAUUCAAGAAUAGUGAAAUCUUUUUAGCAAGUUUCAACAUAACUGCUUUAAAUUUGAAUUAGAAGAAGUCGCAGGAAUAUCAUUAACUAACAAGUCUUUAUUAACUACAUUGACAGUUUAAUCUAAUAUAAUUUAAAGGAAAAUACGAUUUAAAACCAAAACGAAGGAAUGGACAGAGUAUUUAAACUUCAGUUGAAUUGUAGAAUAAAGGUAAAACUGCAAAAAGUUCUUUAUCACCUUCAAAGAACUUUAAUGGAAUUUGCUGAUAUCUUAUUAACAUUACAAGUUGGCAAUCAGCAUCUAAUAGAGGUUAAUGAUAUUUUGUUGGAAGUUUGGAUGCCAGCUCUACCUAUUGUUGGUCGAGUAUCUAUUUAUAGAUCUGACGAUUAUGAAGUUACUAAGGAACUAGAUAUCUUGGCUAAUGUGGAUAGAUUGAUUGCGUGGAUUAUUGAAAGAUUAUUAACUAAUGAUAUAAAUCUUAAAGAAAAGAAUCAAUUGUCGUUAAUACUAAUUAAACUAUGGAGAAUUAUCCUAAAAUUUGUGGAUCGUUUAGAAUCUAUAGAACUUUUAUCGAUAAGGAAGAGAGAGUUGGAUACAAUACUGUUAAGUCAUUGGAAGACUAUAUCAAACUUUGUCAGUAGAGUAACAGUACUGGAACUUGAUUCGAGCGAUAUGGCCGAAUUACACAAGAUCUUAUUCUGUCUCAGAAAGAUUAUUUCAUGCGAGAUGGAUAAAGUUGAAUUAAUUGAAUUAACUAAAUAUCAGAGAGGAGAAGUUCAAAAGAUUCUUCUUUACCUCCGAUGGAUUGCUUCGUGGUUAGCGUGGACUUUAAGUGGAUUUCAAUAUAAAGAUCCAUCUGAUAAACAGGUAAUAGAUAAUACUUUAGAUUUCUUCUCAAAAAUUGUUUCCUGGUUGGCUGAACAUGAGCCGAUUUUGGAACGGACUCUAUAUAAUAAACGAGAAUUACAAACUGUGCUAUUGAUCCUCCAACACAAAGUAUCGCAUGUAAUGGAUAUUUUACCAAAAUUGAAAAUAAAAAGGAAGAAGAAGAUAAAUAAGAGUUUAUUGAAUGUAUGGGAAACUGUUUAUAACCUAGUAGAUGAAAUACCAAUUUUCAAAUUGAAAACUCUUAGGGUGGAACGUAUAAGAUUGGAAACAAACACAAAGCUCUACAUCAAAAAUUAACAAUAACAAUGUUAAUAAUACAACUAAUACUACUUUUGCUAAAAAUUCAACUAAACCUUCAACUACCGAUAUACCCACUACUACUACUACUACUACUACUACAAACAAUACGAUAGCUAGGACAAACACUACAACUAUCACAACUGUAAACAAUACUGAUGGGCAAUCAUUAUUAUAUUUUUUUGAACUGUUUCAAAUGUUACAAUUUCGAGAUAUUUACAAAAGGUUCCUUAUUUCGUUUUGGACCAGUUUAUUUUGAAAUGUUUUCUUUUUUUUUAUUUGUAAGAAGUUGUCAAAAGGUUUUUUUUCUGUUUUUUUUUUCUUUUUUCCUCCGAAGCAUCUUCUUUACAU